AUGAAGAAUCUAUAUCCGUCACAAAAUGAAAGCGUUUUUCGAAAUACCUAUACCACUGAUGUAACCACUCUGGUACGCCUUUACAAGACAUAUGUACUGCCGCAUCUUGAGUAUUGUUCUCAGAUUUGGAAUCCCACACGUAAAAAGCAAAUCAUCAAGCUAGAAAAGGUACAGAAGUUGUUUACAAGGCUGCUGUUCCAUCGUGCUUUCCAAUGUCACAACUCAAUGCCAAGUUAUAACGAACGUUUAAGACAAUUAGGCUUAAAGACGCUUAGACACAGGCGAACGAUUGCGGACCUUGUUUUUUGUUUUCGCCUUCUACGCAUGGAGACUAAUCUGUCUCCAAGUAAGUAUUGGGUGUUCAGGCCAAGUCACGAAAGAAUAGGCGGAUUCAACUUACAUUACCCUCGGAUUCAAAAGAAAAAUCAGACUCAAUUAUAUAAUUUUGUGCUCUACCGUGGUGCGAGGUGGUUACAACGUUUACCCACUGAAAUUCUGUCGUCUGGUGACAGCCAUAGUUUUAGAAAAAAACUGAUAAAGAUCGAACCUAUUACAGCUUCUCGGGUUGGAUGA